GUUUUCCGGGGCCCACUUCCUUCUUCACCGAGUGCCAAAACGUAACCCUAACUCCAUCUCCACCUCCAUCUCCAUCACCAUGAGAUCCAUCGACCUCCGAUGCAACCACUAACCCUAGCUCUAGAUCCAUGCAUGGCUGCCGAGAAGUGGUUGUUCCCCAUCCUCUCCCUCGCCUUCGUCUCUCUCAUCCUCUUCCUCUCCGCCAUCUCCGGCUUCACCGCCUCCUCAUCCCUCUUACCCGCCGCGGCCGACCUCCGCCGUGGACCUAACAACCCUGCCUCCUUUGCCUUCUAUCUAUCUGGCUCCCGUGGCGAUGCUCACCGCCUUCUCCGCCUCCUCCUCGCCGUCUACCACCCUCGCAACCGCUACCUUCUUCACUUAUCCUGGGAUGCCCCCGCCUCCGAGCGCGCUUAUCUUUCCAGCGCCGCCCGCGCUGCGAUCCCUGCUAUCCGAGCCUUUGGCAACGUCGAUGUGCUUGGGCGUGGUGAUGCCAUGACUUAUAUGGGCUCGUCGGUGUUGGCAGCGACGCUCCAUGCGGCGUCGGUGAUGUUGAGGCUUGAUGGCGAGUGGGAUUGGUUUGUGACGCUGAAUGCUGCGGAUUACCCGCUGGUCACGCCUGACGACCUUAUUCAUGUCUUCUCAUCUGUACCAAGAGAUCUCAAUUUUAUAGAUCACACAAGUGAUCUUGGAUGGAAGGAGUCACAUAGGGUUCAACCAAUUGUAGUCGACCCAGGGAUUUAUUUGGCUAGGAGGACACAAAUCUUUCAUGCUACCGUGAAGCGUAAAACUCCUGACGCUUUCAAAUUCUUCACAGGGUCUCCAUGGGUUAUAUUGAGCCGAUCCUUCUUGGAGUACUGCAUCGUAGGCUGGGAUAACCUUCCCCGGACACUCCUCAUGUAUUUUACCAAUGUUCCAUUGCCGCAAGAGGGCUAUUUUCACUCAGUCUUAUGCAAUGCUCCUGAAUUCCAAAACAAAACUGUGAACAAUGACCUGAGAUACAUGGCUUGGGAUAAUCCUCCUCAGAUGGAGCCACACUUACUCAAUGUGACUGAUUUUGAUGAAAUGUCAAAGAGUGGAGUGCCAUUUGCCCGGCAAUUCAAGAAGGAUGAUCCGGUACUUGAUAUGAUUGAUGAGACGAUACUCGACCGUAGUUACUAUAGACCUGUUCCUGGAGCAUGGUGUUCUGGGAAGCGGAGAUGGUGGACUGAUCCAUGCUCACAAUGGAAAGAUGUCAAUAUUGUGAAGCCUAGUCGAUGGGUGGAAAAUUUUGGCAAGGUAAUGAAGAAGCUUGUCGAUGAUUGGAAUUCCGACUUGGAUUCAUGUAAGUAACUUAAUCAGGAAUAAGCGAGAACUCAUUUAUUCUUUAUAAAUCUGUUGUUGGGAGACGAAGAAGAAGAAGAAGAAGAAGAAGAAGAAGAAGAAGAAGAAGAAGCCGACAAUGUGAUUUGUUCUAGUAUCUGAGCUUGGAAGUUGGAACAGCAUCAGAGUUCCCAGAUAGAACAUAGAGAUGACAAAUUUUAGUAUUUGUAAGUUACCAGGGAAGCUAUUCCUUUUUG